AUGCAGCGAGACUUCCAAGAUGUUUAUUUUCAGGUUGAUCCUGUUUCAUCGAAAUUAUUGCCUACAUUCUCACAAGAGCUCCUGUCACACUUAGAGUCCCUUUCACUGGUGCGUUUCGACAAUGAACAAGCUGUAGUCCAUCUGCAGGCAGCUGUAAAAACAGCCAUGGCUUUACAAGAGGUGGACACAACGGAUGUCGAACCCAUGUAUACUGUCUGGGAAGACCAGCAAUGUCCCUUACGUGAUGAUAUACCUGAAGAACCGUUGACUCUAAAAGAGGUGCUAUCGAACGCAAACCCUACCCAAGAUAAUUACUUUGUUUCACCUCCUGGCAAUGUUCCGUUGGAAGAAGCAGCCCCUCUUGAUCAGACUCUUAUCAGCCAAUGGGAUAAAUUGGGGGUCGAGGUGGCUCCGGCGCCGAAAAAAUUGAAGCAUGACGCAGAUAAUGGAUGA